UAUAUAUAUAAAAAACUCCUAAUCCUUACUCCGAAAUCCACAAAACAACAACAUGAAACUACUCACUUUCAGUGUGACCAUUCUCGUGAUCUCGAUGGUAUUUUCCCAAACAGCAACCACCACUGAAGCAAGAAAGUUGAGGAAAACUAAAGAUCAAGAUCGUAUUAAAGCUGGAUCUACGGGUGAUUUCGUGCCUACUUCUCUAGGAAACAGCCUUGGUGUUGGACAUAAAAAAGGUAAUGCUAAUGUUGAAGGGUUUCAAGAUGACUUCAAGCCCACGGAAGGAAGAAAGUUGCAAAAAACGACCGGUGAAGAUCAUUUCAAAACCGGUACCAUAGACGAUUUCGCGCCUACUUUCCCAGGACACAGCCCUGGGGUGGGGCAUAAGAAAGCAAAUGCCAAUGCAGAAAGGGUUAAAGAUGACUUCAAACACACGGAAGGAAAAAAUACUCAACAAACGGACGGUCAAAAUCACUUCAAAACAGGAACUACGGACGAUUUUGCACCCACUUCUCCGGGAAACAGUCCUGGGAUAGGGCACAAGAGAGGGAAUGUGAAUGUUAAGGAGUCUAAGGAUGACUUCUCACCCACGGAAGAAAGACGAUUGCAGAAAGCGAACGGUCAAGAUCAUUUCAUAACUGGAACCACUGAUGAUUUUGCACCUACUUCUCCAGGAAACAGUCCAGGGAUGGGACAUAAGAAAGGAGAUGAGUUCAAACCCACAACACCAGGACAUAGCCCCGGGAUUGGUCAUGCUGUCAAGAACGAUGAACCUACAGCUUAGAAGAAAGAUCUAUUAGUUUAUAGCUUUAUUUAAUACAUUGUUUUACAAUAUGUAUUUUUUUUAAAAUUAUUGUAUAC